GUGCGGCGUGCGCGCGGCGCGGCCAUGCCGGGCAGGAAGUCUUCCAAGGAGAAGAAGCGGCGCCGCUCGCGUUCCUGCUGCCCGGAGGGAGCCCCGGGACAGGAUGGCAGCGACAGGAAGCGUCGGAGCACCGAGUCCAGCCACGGUGCCCUGGAGGAAACAAAAUGCAGUGUACUCUCUGGAGAAAAAGUGGAAGAAGCUGAGCAACCCAGUGAUAUAGAAGAAGGAGGAUUAGAUCUCACUGUGUCACUCAAACCUGUCAGUUUCUACAUUGGGGACAAAAAGGAAAUGCUUCAACAGUGUUUCUGUGUCAUAGGGGAGAAGAAACUACAGAAGAUGCUGCCUGAUACUUUAAAGAACUGUUCCAUGGAUGAAAUCAAAAGACUUUGCAUGGAGCAGUUGGAGCUGUUAUCUGAAAAAAAACUGUUGAAGAUACUUGAAGGCAAGAUUGGAGCUGAUUCUGAUACUGACGAGGAGGCAGAUGGAGGAGACAAGACUGGAGGUGAUUCAGUCAGUCAACAAGACAACAGUAUAGACUCAACUUCUUCUCUGAGAGAAGACAGCAAGCUGGAAGGUCAGGAGUCAAAGCAAGGCAAGGGAGAAGAUAGUGAUGUCCUCAGCAUAAAUGCAGAUGCAUAUGAUAGUGACAUAGAAGGCCCAUGCAAUGAAGAGGAUGGUCCAGAUGUGCAAGAGAGCACUGUCAGAAGUGGAGCUGGCCAGAUAGAUGACCUUCAGAAGGACAUUGAGAAGAGUGUGAAUGAGAUUCUGGGGUUGGCAGAGUCCAGCCCAAAGGAGCCUAAAGCAGCAGCCUUAGCUGUUCCUCCAUCAGAAGAUGUUCAGCCAUCAGCACAACAGCUGGAGCUUCUGGAACUCGAGAUGAGGGCCAGAGCUAUUAAGGCUCUGAUGAAAGCUGGUGAUGUAAAGAAACAUCCAUGACACUGUUCAGAUUUCAUUUUCACUAUUUGUUUCGAAAAAGGUGAUGUCUGUUCUCUUCAGUGCUAUGUUUGGGUUGGGUGUGACAUUCCUCGUUCAGACUGUAUUGUGUAUCCUGACCUGUGGUUCAGUGGUUUUGUUGCCUUUAGUGUGCUGCUUCCGUGACAUUCACAAACAGUGGUUGAUGCUUCCCUGAGAUGAGGUGUCCUUGUGCUAGGUCGCUUCCUCAGGGAGUCACACCACAUAUGGAGCUGUGCCAGGUAUCUGGUGCCUUCCAGAAAGGUUGUUGUAGAAACAUGGAAUUAUUGAAUGGUUACGGUAGGAAGAGAUUUGAGACUGCUUAAUUCUUCUUGGGGCCCAUCUCAUCAUAAUGUAGGUACUCUAAUUACAAUGUGAUGCAGACAUCAAAUUUUUUUUUAUAGGUAUGAAGUUUACAACUGUACUGUUUGUUAAGUAAAAUAAUGUAUUAUGUAUUUUUGUUCAUGAGUUUUCCUUGGUUGUUACUUAGAAAGCCAGUUACAUGCUUUGCAACAGAAGCAGACAUAAUUUCCCCUAGUAUUGUGUAAUAUUACUGCAAACUUAAGUCUAUUCAGAUAUUAUGUCUUGAAUUCUUUUAAAGUUUAUCAUUUUCUUUAUGUUCUUUCAUUUUAUCCCUUUUCUUCCUUCUCUUUAUUCCCUUUCUUUUUUACCAGUUUCUUUUUAAAUCCCUUUCUGUAGGAAGCUUCUUGUAUAUUUCUUAAGUAUGAUUGAUUUCCUCUACAACCAACAUUAUUGUAAAAUGUUAGUGCAGUGUAAAUUUGAUAAUAAACUAAAACCUUCAUUAAAUACAGCUGAUAAAAUUACAGUGUGCUUCUACUAAGUGAUAUCAGUGACCUUGGUAAAGUGCACCUGACUCUAGGGUUAUCCACAUCGUCAGCAUUUUUUCUAUUAUUUUGUAGCAAAUGGAGAUUGUAAGUGAAAAUAUAUACACACAAUUCAAAAGGUAACUUUACUGACUCAAAAUCUGUGGGUGUUGUCUUUGGUCAAUUCCACUUAGGUGUUUGAUGAACUUGUGUUUUAUUUGAGUCUGGAGAAACUAAAGAAGUAAUCAGAGAAAGACAGCUGGCAAAACUUAGAUGUGCUGUCUUCUCUUUUACAAAGUCAUAGACUGGUGGAGCUGUGUUGGAUUUCAAAGAUACAUUUCAGUGCUGCUGUACUUAGGUCAUUAAGGCACCAAGUACCUCACCUUGCCUGCUGUGCAAGCGCAAAUCUUGCUUGCAAGGGCAUUUCCUGCAUCACAUGAAGAAGCCACAUAUAUGAAGUUUAUUCAGUGAUGUUGGAAAACAACACAUUUCAGUUGUUUAGCAACACAAAAAUACUGGUGGAAGUAAUGAUAAACUAGAAUGUAAUUGCCUUCUACUGACUACUUUGUGGAGGUGUAUGGUAUUUAUUAUUUUUCUACUGGUUUCCCAGGUCACCCUUAAAAGUUUGUUAUAUAGCACAUUGAAAGGGUGUUAUUUCAAGCUACGCUACAUGUUAAAGUUAGCUAAUGCUAACUUUAACAUGUAGUGUGACAGAGAUGAAACAGGUUUACUAUGCAUAUGGCAGAGAAGGUUUGUAAUUACAGCCUAAUUAAAUUUGAAAUUAAAACAUGAGAAGUAUUCCAAGAAAAUUCAAUUAAGCUGUUUACAAAAAACAAAAAAAAAUCAUGUAAAAUACUUAAUGUGAUUGGUUACACAAGUGCUAAUUCAUUUUUAGGAUAUUGUACUGUUGCUGCUUAGGUUAAAAACAGAUCAGCUAAAUUACAUGUGUUCUUGCUUUGAUUUGUAUCACUAAAGAGAUAAAAAAAUCCAGUGUAUUUAAAAUAUUUAUUAUACAGCUGUUUCAUUUUUCACUUUUAAAUAUCUCUGUGAUCUUUACUUGAAAAAUAAAUUUAUUAUUUCAUUUGGAA